GUCUUUUAGAAGCCAUCACUCCGUCUUUGUCUCUCCUAGACUCCGAGCUGAUGUCGAGAAAGCGUGCUUCAUGAUCAGCCGGUUGCCUCGUUCUUUUGACCCCCUUCGCCAACCCAUCGCUGUUCACUCAUGUCAGACGCGGGCAAAUUCCUCGCUGACAACGCCAGAAGUGCAUUGGGACCUAUUCUCGUGGGGGUCACGACCAAUGCUUUCAUCUCUGGCAUUUGCAUGGUUCAGUAUUACGAAUAUUUCACCUCUGGAUACAGGGACUCCUGGAUGCUGCUCGGAACCGUCGUCUGGCUGGCUAUUGUCGAUGUUCUCUUCUCCAUCAAUUCGGUGGUUAUCCUGUGGCAAUAUGUCAUAGACAACUUCGCAAACCCAGCCAUCCUGCACCAGUCAAAUUGGCAUUUCAAUCUUGUCCCGUUGUUCUUGUCGCUUACUUCGGUUCCUGUGCACGUCUUCCUUGCCCACCGAAUUGGGCGCUUCUCGAAAAGCUGGGCGCUGUUCGGUUCACUUGUCCUACUUUCGUCUUCAGCGUCUGCUCUGGGUUCCGCUUCGGCAAUCCAAUCUCAGUUGGCCUCAGAUGUCGUUUUUUGGUUGGACUCUGAGCUCCCGGCGCUAAUGCUGAUUGGUCUGGCACUCAGUGUGGCGUGUGAUGUUCUUAUGACUGGAUUGCUACUCUACUAUCUUCGUCGGGACAAAAAGUCCUUCCCUAAGACCAACAGAAAACUGUCAGUUUGUGUUCAAAUUUCUAUCCAAUCUGCUAUACCAUCCACCAUAUGCGUAAUCGUCAUACUGGUAUUGAUCAAGACACUUGACCCAGCUAAUUUUCAACACGUCUUCGUUUUUCUGCUCGGCCGUCUGUAUGAGGCUACGCUUUUGUCUAGCCUGAAUUUCAGGCGCUCGAUUCGAGAGAUUGACAGCUUAUACGGAGUCAAUUCCAUUGACCUGCUUACCAUAAGAAGACAUCCCGCGUCACACGAUUUUGCUGUGAGGGUGACACAAGAGACCAAGACGUUGACGGACACAGAGUGGCCUAUUCAACGAUCUUUGGAACCAGGCGUACAAUCAAGGGUAUCUACUCAGCCCAAGUUAUCGUGCAGCUAAUACACCCUAUGUGUUCCAUCUUUUCGACGCUGCACUGCUACAUAUAAAUAUUCCGAUAUUAAUAUUUUCGUGUUGUGAAAACAUACUACCUCAGCAGAGAUACCAUUAUGAUUCGCCUAUGACGAGGAUGUCUAAAGUAAUUCAAAAUGGCGCUGAUACCAUUGAAAUUCCGGAUAUAGUGGCGCUGCUGAAUACAACGCACGUUACCCCUCAAGGUAUACUGUCCAGAGCCACCAACGCAUUCCCAGAAGUGGCGAAAACGGUAGAGUUGGGUGAAGCGGUUGUGCGGCAUUCGUAAUGACAGCC